AUGGCCGACUACAGCUUUGGUGGCAGCGAUGAAGAGAAUGCAGAAUUGAAGAAGCUGAACGCAGAAGUGCUCGAAGAACCAGAUAGCUUCGAACACUGGGAAAAGCUCGUCCGCGCCGCAGAGUCUCUCGAGGGAGGUCUCAACCGCAACUCCAGUCCACAAUCGAUCUCCGCUACUCGAGACAUAUACGAUCGCUUCCUUGCCAAGUUCCCCUUGCUAUUUGGAUACUGGAAGAAAUAUGCAGAUCUUGAGUUUUCCAUCGCGGGGACCGAGGCUGCGGAGUUGGUCUACGAACGUGGUGUAGCAAGCAUCACCAAUUCCGUUGACCUUUGGACAAAUUAUUGCGCCUUCAAAGUCGAGACCAGCCAUGACCCCGAUGUGAUCCGAGAACUCUAUGAGCGAGGCGCUAGCUCUGUAGGCCUGGAUUUCCUAGCGCAUCCCUUCUGGGAUAAAUACUUGGAAUUUGAGGAGCGUCUCGAAGCUCAGGACAAGAUUUUCCCAAUCCUUGACCGCAUAGUACACAUACCGAUGCAUCAGUACGCCCGUUACUUUGAACGUUAUCGACAUCUUGCCCAGAUCAGACCUUUGCAAGAGCUCUUACCUGCAGACAUGCUCGCCCAAUUUCGCGCGGAGAUUGAGAAUGAGGGUCCAGCAGAGCGUGGGGAGCUUGAGAUUGAGCGUGAGCUAAGGAGCCGUAUCGAUAAUUUUCACCUGGAGAUUUUCCAUCGGACACAAACCGAGACGACUAAGCGGUGGACCUACGAGUCAGAAGUCAAGCGACCAUACUUCCACGUCACCGAGCUUGACGAAGGCCAAUUGGUCAAUUGGCGAAAAUACCUCGAUUUUGAAGAGGUUGAAGGCGACUACAUGAGGACACAAUUUCUUUACGAGAGGUGCUUGGUGACCUGCGCCUAUUACGACGAAUUCUGGCUUCGCUACGCUCGCUGGAUGAUCGUACAAGAUGGAAAGGAGGAGGAGGUACGAAACAUCUAUCAACGUGCCAGCAUGCUCUAUGCACCCAUCUCAAGGCCAGCUGUCCGCCUGCAUUACGCAUACUUCGAAGAAUCAGUCGACAGAGUUGAGCUUGCGAAAGAUAUCCAUCAAGCUAUAUUGGUCAACCUACCCGGUCAUAUUGAGACCAUUGUCUCUCUGGCGAAUCUAUCACGACGCCACGGUGGACUGGACGCAGCAAUUGAAGUCUAUAAAUCCCAAAUCGACUCCAUGCAAUGCGAUAUCUACGCCAAAGCAGCAUUGGUCGCAGAGUGGGCACGAUUGCUCUGGAAGAUCAAAGGAUCCGUGGACGAAGCGCGCCAAGUCUUCCAGAAGAAUCAGCAUUGGUACCUCGAUAGUAGGCCAUUCUGGAUCAAUUACCUUUUCUUCGAGCUCGAGCAACCCACUAGCGCUGAAAGCGAGCCAACACAGUACAAGAGGAUUAAGCAAGUGCAUGAGGAUAUCAGGAAGAAGAGCCAUUUGCCGCCUCUCACCAUCAAAGACUUAUCACACUACUACAUGGUCUACCUACAAGAGAGAGGUACAAAGGAAGCAGCCAAGGAGUACAUGAUCUUGGAUCGUGAAGUCAACGGGCCCUUUUCUGUCCAAAACAUUAUGAAAGCAAAGCUCUCAGAGGACGGCAGAGAAGCUUCAACGCAACGACGCAUGAUGAUGGAGAAUGGACAUCCUGGAGUCGAGGUGGAUGAUGCCGCUAUCCGAAGAGGAGAGAACCCAUAUACCAAGUAUUACCAGCAGCAAGGAGAGCAGCAGCUUCCCAGUGACACUCAGCCCCAGCCUUUACGCUACCAGUAA